UUCCCAGAGCAUUGAUUUCUGGGUCAUCAAGCAAGUAAAGGUCUUUGCCCAACUUUUGCUCUUGUUUUUUAGUUUCCAGCCUGCGAUUGAACCGUUGGUCCUGAUCUGAAUAGGGGGUUCAAUGGUUUGAUGCAAAUUCAAUCGAACGCUCCUGCACUCAUCUAGAGUUGGUGCGUUCCCAAGAUGCUUGUGCGCGGCAAUUGAUCCAACCUGCAAAAAAGUGCAGCGAGUGCAGUGAAGGAAAUGCAACAUGUUUUCAUACUGGCUCUUCAAAAAUCUUCAAAAGAGACAGGUUCGAGAUGUUCCGAGAAUUUUGGCCAAAAUUGAGGAGACCUGCCAAAGGACGACACAACCGGAGCAUGUUGGAGCAAAAUAUUUCAGCAAGUUUUGCUCUCUUGACGGAUUUAGCAUACCACACUGCCAAGCGAUACCGCCAAGAACCCGUUGGCCGCUUUAGCCUUGUAGACAUGGCAGGCAGCAAGGCCUUUGCGCAGGGAGUAAGGGAGGCCACGGCAUCCAAUGACGCCAAGGAAGAAAAGGAUGCAGAAAAAGAAGAGAAAGAAACCAAAGAUGCCGCUGAGUCUUCAAGCUCUUCAUCUGCUGAGGGAUUUGGGGAAGAGGCAGAGGAGACUGUGGAAGCAAGUCAGGGGCUCAGAGGACGAAAGUCCUACACGAGCUCCGGCAACAAGGAAUACGAGAUUAUUUUGCGUCAGAAGCGCCAAAGAAAGCAGGGAUUAGAAACGAGUAGCAAUGGUUGUGAUGUGGUUGCCACAUGGUUGUCACUGUGUCCAUUGGGCCUCUGUCCUCUGCACGUCAAGGAAGAGAAGGCGGCAAAGCGAAAGGAGGCGGAGGAGAAGAAACAGAAGGCCAAUGACAGAUGCGGUUUCCGCACAGAUCGACAAGAAGCAGAGAAGCAUAGACAUUUCACGUCUGCAGCAGGCUUUGAAUCCUUCGGCAGUGAAACUGACAGCUGGGGAGUUUUUAGUUGGGAGAUCAGGGAGAACGGAAGCACGGCAGAUCGCAGGGCAAGUUGGACUAACGAGAUCUACUGUAACCAGUGGUGGAACUUUGCAGAGCUUUACGAGCUCUCUCUGAAGAGCUCCGUUGUAGGCCACAUCACGAUAUUCGGCAUAUACUCUGCGGCUGCAUCUGAUGAGGUCUUUGAUCGAAUCGAGAAAGGGACCGCGCCACAGUCGGAGGAGGAUAGCUCAAGACCUACAACGCCAGGUUGGCCCAGGCGACGUGCGAGAUCUCCACGGGCUCCGUCGCCUACGCCCAGAGAGGUCUCUGCCAGCGAUGGCAGUGAGGUCCUGCUUGUAUCCGAUCCACUGAAAUCGGCAAAUUUUCCCAUGCACGCAGAGGUUGCAGCUUUUCAGCGCCAGUCGGAGCGAACAGAAAGACUUCAGAGAGAGGUUGGGAUACUUCGAAAGGCAGUUGACCAGUCUGCAGCAAACUUCAAGCGUAUAGCUGAGGAUGAGGUGGAUUUUGCUAUCAAGAACAUCGAAGCCAAAGCGAGCUUGACUCAGAUGGAUCAUCAUGAAGAACUGAAAGCGCUGCUUGACCAAGCUCUUGACCAGCGCGAGCAUUUGGCAUCCUUGGCCCGUGACGCUGUGGAGGAUCGCUUUCGCAUAGAACUACAAACACUUUCAGAGGCAACAAGCAAGAGCCUUCAUGCUCUACAAGAAGAUGUGGCCAAGAACGAAGAACAUUCAGUGCAGGAGGUGCAGUACUUGGGCUGCAGGAUAGAUGCAGUGCUGGAGGAGAUUGCCAAGGUUCAGCAGUCCUCACGUGAAACAGCAGAGGCAUCUGCUCACAUGGUGAGCUCCACCUUAGCUGACUUUCGCACUCAAGAACUGCACGCUCAGGCCAAUGAAUACCGCGAGUUAAGAGAAGCGACUUCAAGCGUUGCUCAGGGAGUUCUUAGACUGGCACAGGUUUGUGGAGUUCUUCCUGGACCUACAUGCCCUGAGCAGAAGGAUGUGGACCCUUUGUAUGCUGAACUUUGUGGGCGCGGAAUACGGCAUCGGAUAGAUGAUGCUUGGGCAGUCAUUUCGAAGGGCUGUGCCAACACAACUGCAUUGAUGCUUCAAAAGGCCGACGAACUGUUUGCCAUCAAGUUUGCUGCACAGAUUGGAGACUUUGAUGCUCGCGUCUACCACGAGUGCCUGCAUUUGGUUGCGGCCCACCAAGGGUUUAAGGAAGGCUUGGAAUUGAGUUUGCCUUCAAAACACUAUGUUCGCUACCAGAAGGCAUCACACCGGACACCGUCUGACCAGGUCUCGGAGAAGGACGUCUUAGCCCGUGGUCCAUCGCCGUUUCGCGAUGCAAACUCGGCAUUAUCAACGACAGUCCCGACGGAGCCAGUUCAGACGCCUCGGACGCCGUACACACCUCCAUACACCUUACGCGGCACUGGCACUGCCGGGAGACAUCAACCACUCCCCAGAAAUCUUGAAAGGCCGGGAUCUGCCCAAUUGCGAUCCAUCAGGAUGUCGUUUGAUGAGACGCAGCGGCCAGCAUCUACCAAUUAG